UCCCACUGCCACGCCCUGUGGUCGGCCUGUCCUCCGGGCACAGUGGCCGCAGGGAGCAGCCGCCAUGACGCCCACCCUCACGGCCCUGCUCUGCCUUGGCUCCAGGGCAGGGACCUCACCGGACUCUCUCCCAGGGCUGAGUGUGGGCCCGAGGACCCACGUGCAGGCCGGGACCCUCCCCAAACCCACCAUCUGGGCUGAGCCAGGCUCUGUGGUUCCCUGGGGGAGCCCUGCGACCAUCUGGUGUCAGGGCACCCUGGGGGCCCAGUGGUACCGUCUGAAGAAAGAGGGAAGCUCAGUAACCUGGGACACACAGAGCCCACUGGGGCCCAGGGACAAGGCCACGUUCUCCAUCCCAGCCAUGAUAGACAGUUAUGCAGGGACAUAUCGCUGUUCCUAUGAUGGCCGGUCAGAGCACAGUGACCCCCUGGAGCUGGUGGUGACAGGAGCCUACAGCAAACCCAGCCUCUCAGCCCUGCCCAGCCCUGUCAUGACCUCAGGAGGGAACGUCAUCCUUCAGUGUCAUUCAUGGCAGGGAUUCAGUGGGUACAUUCUGAUGGAGGAUGGAGAACACAAGCCCUCCCGGACCCUGGACGCACAGCAACCGUACAGUAGGCCGACUGAGGCCCUGUUCCCCGUGGGCCCCGUGACCCCCAGCCGCAGGUGGAUGUUCAGAUGCUAUGGCUACUUCAGGAACAGCCCCCAGGUGUGGUCGGAGUCCAGUGACCCCCUGAAGCUCCGGGUCUCAGGGUCCUCUAGAGAUCCCAGCCCCCCAUCUGCACAGCCCAAUGUCACAGGUGGCCCGAAGUGGCCGGUGCUGGUCCUCGUCGGGGUCUCCGCGGCCUGCGCCCUCCUGCUGGCCGUCCUGCUGCUGCUCCUGCUCCGCCGCCAGCGGCUGCGCAGGCGCAGGAAGCCAGGUGCUGCGGACGCCGAGCCCAGGGACAGAGGCCCGCGGCGCAGCUCCGGCCCCGCUGCUGACGCCCAGGAGACCCUCUAUGCCACCGUGACGGAAGCAGAGCCGGAGGGGGUGGAGCCGGACCCCCAGCCCUCCUGGCUCCCCGUCCUCUGUCUGACCGGCUGGCUAUCGGAAGCGCCCCAGGCCCGGGAGGGUGCCGCUGCAAAGGAACCACCCCGAGGUCCCUGGGGCCCUGCGUUCCUCCCCGACAGGGCUGCACGGGCUCACCCUUCCCCCGCAUCUAGCACGCAGGACGAAGACGCCCCGGGGGGCACGCAUACCCAGGCUGCUGCACCUGACGACCCCCAGGAGGUGACCUACGCCCAGCUGAACCACCUGACCCUCAGACGGGAGACCCCGGCGCCCCCUCCCUCCCAGGCAGGGCAGCCCCCAGCAGAGCCCAGCGUGUAUGCGGCUCUGGCCACCCGCUAGCCAGGAGGGCCUGACCCGCACGCCAGGGGCAGACUGCUGGCACCCCAAACCUGCCCCCGUGGACAGUACCUAACGACCCACCAGCCUGGACUCCUCACGUGGACCCCCAGAAGCUCCUGGGACCCUCUGGGAGCCCCUGAUCCUGCAGCAAGGACAGCCGAUACCCCUGUGUUUGGGAAAUAAAGUCGCAGACGUCUCAGUAAUCCCCGGGUGAAAUGGGAAAACCACGCGGGAGUGAGAGGGGGUUUUACAUUGAGUCAGAAGGGACGUGGACACGGCAGAGCCAUGAAACGGAAAGUUAGGAACCGCGGGUGAAUGUAUCAGGAUAUAGUAGGAAUGUAGGAAAACAGUCAGCGACCUAAGGUACUGUAUCAGGCGUGUGGGAAAAGCGUCACGUUGCUCCAGACGAAGGCGGAAGGAGGGGAAUACUGCCGAGAGCGGCACUAAGGGGGCCCAGCGAACCUAGAGAAAAGUCAACAGAGCCAGAGAACCUCGUUCUUGAAAACGUUAAUCACAUUUAUCAAUCCCAGCCACACGGCCAAGGAAAACGAGAGAGAAGGCCCCCCCGCCCCUCAUCAGGACAGCAGGGCAGGUGCCACAGACUGUGGGGAACAGACCGUUGUGAACCACUGCAGGCCAGCGAGGGAGAGACUGCAGGCGAAAUGGACAAAAUCCUCAAAAAUAUAAUUUACCAAAAUGAUGGAGAUAAAAAUAAAUGGAAAAUACCUAUCCCCUUA